UCAUAUGAAAAUUGUUUAUUAGGCUAGAGGCAGUGAUAUCAAAAAAAUGGAUCGAAAAGAAGAGAAUGAGUUUGACCAGAAACAUGCAUACAAGCAAGCGUUGCCAUUUUGUAUUGUCAAAAUUUUUCCAAAAGAUUCAUUUAGAAUGAACAAUUGUAAGGAAGUAUUAAGUUUGUUUCUGGAAAAGGAUGAUGAACAAAGUUUUCAGAUAUCUGAAAAGAUCAGAAACAAAGUGUUGGGUCGAGAAAAGUUGUUUCAAAGGAUAAACGAUUCAAAGGACUCAAUUGAAUAUAUUAAUAGAAGUAUUGAAGAGAAAGUGUGGAUCUUGAGAGUGCUAUAUGAAACACUUGAUGAUCUGCUGUCAUCUGAAAUAAAAUUCAGAGGGGAAGAACUUUUGACAUUGAAGAAGAUGUUACACAAAAGCAAAAUUUUGACUCAAGAAAAAUCAGUCUUAAGGAAGAUAAAUGUGAGCCAGCAGCAGCUGAGAGAAUCAGACGAUACUACUUCAAUUUUAGAUUUGACUGAAGAACUUAUUAGAAUAUUUUUACGUCAGGCAGGAUGGAGGAACUACGACAUUAUUAAGAAUCCUUACAGGCAUAACUAUGACAGAAUUCUUCAAGAAUUGAAAAAAGUGAAAAAGGAGACCACAUGUGAUGACUUGAGAGAAUGUUUGAAAAACGAAGUCAAGUUUAUACUUAAUGAGCUUAUGGAGUUGAACAAGAAAAUAUGGGCACUAGAAACCAAAAUUAAAAAUGAUGAGAAGAAAAUAGAAGGGAUCAAUCAGCAGAUAUGGUCUUUUCAAACGCAUUUGAAAGGCAAGCACUGCAAAAAAGAAGCAUCUCUUUUCCUUGUUAAGGAGCGAAAACCAGAAUAUCAAUAUAAUUCAGAAUAUGCUUCAGAAUAUUAUUGGGAGGUCGGAUGUGGCAACUUGGAAUAUGAUUCUUUGGACAGUUUCGCAGCCCUUCUUUAAUAUCGCAAAUGGUAGCUUCAAAAUGUUUUGGUAGCUAUAUUAAUUAUAUAAGUGUGGUUAAAAUUAAAGUGUUAUUUUUUUUUUUAC